AUGUCAUCCCCUGCACCCGCCUUCGCCUCCUCUCCGAACCUGUCAAUAACCUCCCCCCGCCGCAUCCCCAAAUCCCGCUUCACAUACAAACAACUCCAACAACUCAAAUCCUACUCGACGCAAACCCCCCUCCGCGUAAUCGCCCACGUAGACCUCGACGCCUUCUACGCACAAUGCGAAACCGUCCGCCUAGGCCUCGACCCCGCGAAACCCCUCGCCGUCCAACAAUGGCAAGGCCUAAUCGCAAUAAACUACCCCGCGCGAGCAUACGGCCUCAGCCGGCACGUCACAAGCACCGAAGCCCUAAAGGUGUGUCCCGACCUGAUAAUGCAGCACGUCGCCACGUGGAAAGAAGGCUCGGAAAAGUGGGCCUACAGCGCAGACGCGUUCAAGGAGAUUGCAACGCGGAAAGUGAGUCUCGAUCCGUACAGGCAGGAGAGCCGGAAGAUUCUCGCGUGUAUAAGGGAGGCGUUGCCGAGGGAUUUGCAGCGGGUGGAGAAAGCGAGUGUGGAUGAGGUUUUUAUGGAUUUGAGCGCGCAUGUGCAUUCGGUUUUGGGGGAGAGGUAUCCUGAGGUGAGGGGCCCGCCGCCGUAUGAUGACCCGAGCGAGUAUCUGCCGAGGGUGCCGACGACGGUGUUGGACUGGAAGGCUGAUGCGCUGGUUGAGACUGGGGAGGAGGACGGCGAGGAGAGGGAUCCGGAUUGGGACGAUGUGGUUAUGGUGGUUGCGUCGGAGAUUGUGCGCGAUGUACGGAAGGCGGUGUUCGACAAGUUGAAAUACACGUGCUCUGGGGGUGUUGCGAAGAACAAGAUGCUGGCGAAGCUUGGGUCGGGAUAUAAGAAGCCGAAUCAGCAGACUGUGAUACGGAACCGCGCUAUUAAGCACUUUCUGAGCGAGAUGAAGUUCACCAAGAUUCGCAUGCUGGGCGGGAAGCUGGGUGAUGAGGCAGUUGCCAUGUUUGGCACGGACAAAGUGAAGGAGUUGUUAGAUCAGCCGCUCGACCAGUUGAAGCGGUUGGGCGACGACACGGGCUCCUGGCUGUAUAACACAAUCCGUGGUGAGGACCAUAGCGAAGUCAAUCCGCGCACGCAGAUCAAGAGCAUGCUGUCCGCCAAGUCGUUCCGUCCCGCGAUCAAUUCUUUCGAACAGGGUGUCCGGUGGCUGCGCAUAUUCGUCGCCGACAUCUUCUCGCGGUGCGUCGAAGAAGGCGUACUGGAGAACAAGAGGAGGCCACGGACGAUCAAUCUGCAUCAUCGACAGGGCGCUCAGACGAGGAGUAGACAGAGCCCUAUUCCACAAGGGAAGCCGCUGAGCGAGGACAUGUUGUUCGAUUUGGCGAAGAAUUUGUUGGCGCAGGUGGUAGUUGAUGGGCGGGCCUGGCCGUGUGCGAAUCUAUCGCUCAGUGUUGGUGGCUUUGAGGAUGGAGUGACGAACAACAAAGGCAUUGGUGGGUUCCUCGUGAGAGGUGAGGAGGCGAAGGCGAUGAUGUCGAGCGGAAGAUCGACGAUAAGUGGAGGGGAACCACCGGCGAAACGAAGACGAACGAAAGGCAAUAUCAAGAACUUCUUUGGCCCGCCAAGUGACAAGAAGCGAGACUUCGAUGCCGCAAGGGCGGUAUUGAUGGCGCGCCAGGAGUCCACACGAGAAGAAGAUACGGACGAUGUCGAAGAAGAGGACUCUGAUGAAUUUGGCGCGCCGCCAUUAGAAGAGCCAGAAGCGCGGCCGAAGACGCCAACCCCAGAGAACGAUUUGUAUCUAUCCAGUACGCCUCCCUCAGCGCAACCUCAGACGAUUGGGAGCUCAGAACCCCCUCGGAUACAAAAUCAUGAUAAUCCCGAUCUACCUCAGCCACAGAACCUUCACCAACAAUCACUAGACACAUUCUUCUGUGGCAAAUGCAACAUGCGCCUGCCCACGAGCGAAAAGGCGGAACACGACGAUUACCAUUUCGCGAUGGAGCUGUCGAAGGAGAUGAGAGCGGAGGAGCGAACUGUGCCGAACAUGAUGGCUGCUGCGAAACACACGCCGGCGUCGAAACCAUCGAGAGGGCGAGGGCGACCACCGGGUGGGAGAGACGAGAAAGGGCAGGCGAAGCUUGCGUUCGGACGGCAGACAUGA